CAGUAUAACCGCCGUGUAAGUAACACAACCCCAAAUGUUAUCAUUUGUUGACAGCCCUUUCUCACUCCAUUAUCAUCAAUCUCUCUCUCUCUCUGAAAAUGGCUGCCUAUGUUCCUCUCUUUCAAGUACCCUCAUCUAUCCAAACCAACAGGCUCAAACUCAAACCCAUCCUUGGAACUUCUCGAUGCUCUGUCAUAAAAUGCUCGUCGUCGUCUUCUUCAAAUGGGCGUGAACCCUCCUCCUCCUCCGAUUCAAUCGAUAAGGGCGUCAAGACUGUUGACCGCAUACUCGAAGAGAAGCUCCCUGCUGAGUUGUCCGCUCGUAUCGCUUCUGGAGAAUUCACUGUAGAGCAAUCUGGUUUUCCAUCUCUUAUAAAGAGCUGUUUGUCAAAGCUGGGCAUUUCUAGUGGCAUGCUUGAGUUCCUAUUUAAAUGGAUUGAUGCUCCCAAAGACUAUCCUAAGAUUCCUGAGGCAAAGGGUGCAAUUAGUGCCAUUCGGAGCGAGGCCUUCUUUGUUCCCCUUUAUGAGCUUUUCCUCACCUAUGGCGGAAUCUUCAGGUUGACAUUUGGGCCCAAGUCCUUUUUGAUAGUUUCUGAUCCUUCCAUCGCGAAACAUAUAUUAAGGGACAACUCAAAGGCUUAUUCAAAGGGUGUUCUGGCAGAAAUUUUAGAAUUUGUUAUGGGAAAGGGUCUUAUCCCAGCUGAUGGGGAGAUAUGGCGUGUUAGACGACGUGCUAUAGUCCCAGCAUUGCAUCAAAAGUAUGUUGCAGCAAUGAUUAGCUUAUUUGGAAAAGCUACAGAUAGACUGUGCCAAAAGCUUGAUGCUGCCGCAUCCAACAGGGAAGACGUAGAGAUGGAAUCACUUUUCUCUCGUUUGACAUUGGAUAUUAUCGGAAAAGCAUUAUUUAAUUAUGAUUUUGAUUCGUUAACAAAUGAUACUGGGAUAGUUGAGGCUGUAUACACUGUCUUGCGAGAAGCAGAAGAUCGAAGUGUUGCACCACUUCCAUACUGGGAUAUUCCCAUAUUCAAAGACAUAUCACCACAGCAAAAAAGGGUCACUGCUGCACUCAAGCUGAUCAAUGAAACACUUGAUGAUCUGAUUGCAAUGUGUAAGAGGAUGGUAGAAGAAGAGGAGUUGCAGUUUCACGAGGAGUACAUGAAUGAACAAGAUCCUAGUAUUCUCCACUUUCUGUUGGCAUCAGGAGAUGAUGUUUCUAGCAAGCAACUCCGUGAUGAUUUGAUGACAAUGCUUAUAGCUGGACAUGAAACAUCUGCUGCAGUGCUGACAUGGACUUUUUAUCUUCUUUCAAAGGAGCCUAGUGUCAUGUCCAAGCUUCAAAAUGAGGUUGAUUCGGUUCUAGGAGACCGGUUUCCAACCAUUGAGGACAUGAAGAAACUCAAAUACACCACACGAGUAAUCAAUGAAUCCUUGAGACUCUAUCCGCAACCUCCUGUUUUGAUCCGUCGUUCUCUUGAAGAUGACAUUCUUGGGAAGUAUCCAAUCAAAAGAGAUGAAGAUAUUUUUAUUUCUGUUUGGAACUUGCAUCGCUGCCCAAAUCAUUGGAAAGAUGCAGAUAAGUUUAAUCCUGAAAGAUGGCCUCUAGAUGGACCUAAUCCAAAUGAGACAAACCAAAAUUUCAGUUACUUGCCCUUUGGCGGAGGACCGCGAAAAUGUGUUGGCGACAUGUUUGCGACAUUUGAGAAUGUAGUAGCAGUGACCAUGCUUGUUCGGCGAUUCAAUUUUCAACUGGCUCUUGGAGCACCUCCGGUUGAAAUGACUACAGGAGCAACAAUCCACACAACACAAGGGCUGAAGAUGACAGUUACCCGAAGGAUGGAACCUCCUGUAAUGCCUGAAUUGGUGAUGCCGAUAUUGAAAAUCGAUUCUGCGAGUGUUUCUGAAAUGGACCCAGCAGUUGGAGUUUCUCAUGCUCAUUCCUAAUUUACCAUUAUCUAUAGCUUUGUCACAUCAUUCAAGCCACACUUGGCAUAUCAGAUUCUAUUGACGUCAUGGAAAGAUGUAAAGCAGAAAAAAUAUAUAUACUUCAAAUUUUAGUACAACACAUUAUUGGCCAUUUGAAUUGAAGCCAUCAUGUUUGUAAUGUCAAAAUAUUUCAAUUGUAAAGUGAGAGAAUCAUCUUGCAGGGCAUACCUGAGUCCAUGUCUAUUACAAGAGCUUUAAUACCAUGGGACUAACCUAAGUUGAUAA